CAACUGAUGCUAGUUGAGCUUGAAACCAUCCAAUCUCCCAGUAGGUACAGACGGGCUUCAAAACUCUCGUAUAUAAAGUAUGUGUAGCAACUGCAAUCGCAUUCAGUUUUUGAACAAACAGCGAGUCCCGUUUUUUACUCGGUGCUAGUCAAAUAUUGUUCUAAUUCAGGUGCCCAUCCGUGCACUAUCAGUGUGUUUGCAUUCGUUGACUAGAUCGGAUAUCAUCGAUAAAGUGCAGCCGAUUGCGAAGACAUUGUUUCGCUGAAUUUGCUGGAAAACGUGUCGAAAAAAAAAUAGCAAAAUGGCACCGGAGGAAAUUGCUGAUCUGCUUCCUGUGGCCGCUAGCCAACGGUUGCUACUGGAAUUGAUAAGAGCUGAGCUGAAAACGGACGAUCACACACUGGAAAUCACGGCCGGUUCCCAGAAAGGUGACAACUACAGUUGUUUGAUCUACCGAGCCCAGGCCACUUGCAGGCGAUCAGGUAAACAGGUCAACAUUAUAGCAAAACUUCCGCCACAAAAUGAAGCACGCCGAAAUCAGUUCUUCGUACGUCCCUGCUUCGAACGGGAGAUCAGCGUUUACGAAGAGAUUUUUCCCAUGAUGAGGGAAUUUUAUCGUUCGAAAGGGUUAAACCGGGAAGAUUCGUUCCAUCAGGUUCCGCACUGCCUGAAAAGUAGUUUCGUUGACCGUGAGGAAGCUAUUUUUAUGCGGGAUUUGAAAGCUGUCGGAUUUCAAAUGGUCGAUCGUCACCGGGACAUGAGUUUGGAGCAUUAUCAGCUGAUGUUGAAGGCUUUGGCUCGUCUGCAUGCGACUUCGUUUGCUCUGAAGGAUCAGCAGCCGGCGAGGUUCGAGCGAUUCAGAAGUAUGAAGGAAAUUUUGGCUAUCCCGGAGGCUCAUGCAGUGAUGGGACCGUGGUACUCUCAGAUGGCCGCCAGAACCAUGGAACUUUUGGAUGAACAGAAGGAACCUGAAGUUUAUCAGAAAACCAAAAAGGUAUUGACUCUUUCGUGGCCGGAAUUGGCACGCGAUUUACUCAACGGCCAGAAUGCCGAACCGUACGCGGUUAUUGCACAUGGCGAUUGUUGGCAUAAUAAUCUACUUUACAGAUAUGAGGAUGGUAACGCAGUUGACAUCCGCCUGUUGGACUGGCAAUGCUGUCGAUAUGCCUCACCGGUUGUGGAUCUAAUGUACUUUAUAUUCAUUGCUUCCAGUAAAACCUUCCGAGACCGACACUACGACCAGUUGUUGGACUUCUACCAUCGCACCCUGACGGAUUUUAUGCGACGGCUUGGAUCCGAUCCGGAGCGUCUAUUUCCUCGGAAGGCAUUCGACCAGCAGCUGCUCCGUUUCGGUCGCAUUGGCCUGAUUAUGGCCACCAUAGGGCUCCCAAUCAUAAACACCAAGAACGAAGAUGUGCCCGAUUUGGAAAAAUGGGCUGAACAAGUUGAGACCGGAUUCGAUGUAAGCAAAAGCUUCGGUUCUGGUGGCAUGGAGGCAAUCUACCGACAAAACAUGACGGACUGCUGUCGGGACAUGGUUCCAGCAUUAAAAAAACUCACCUUCAAUUCCGCUAUGAUGGCAUUAAUCUGCGGGUUAUUCAUCAAAGUUUUUGCCCCCUGGGUAAACCGAAUCGUGAGCAGUGUCUCGCUCAUAUCCUCCGGCAGGGGACUGACACAGGCCAGCAGGGUUAGGUACGAAUUUAAAUUUAACGAAUCCUGCAGUACCGAACUUAGAAUACUGUCCCGGUAGGGAACCACCUUGCUACCGAUGGACAACGCCUGCAGAACCUUUCCAAUGCUCAGCAAACCCUGAUUGAUGUGAACACCCUUCGGCCAGCGCAAUACCCUGGUGUCCGGUUCGGCGGCCAAAUCGAUCAGAUGCAGUACCGACACUAUCCGGGCAUCGUCGUGUACCACCGAAGCAUGAAUGCUAAAAAAGGCACGCGAUCUCGAGCUCAGCUAAUCAAAAUAUCCUGUGCCUGAUCGGCCCGGUUAACUGAACGCUUCGUUCCACCGUUAAACUUACACCCACGUAAAUCCACCGGUUCCGUCGAAUUCUCCGACAGCAAAUCAUAAAUCUCAGUUGAUUUUUCAGAAGGCCGUAAGAGCAAAUGACAGUUUCUCUUUGUUUACUUUCUCUUUUAUUAAUUAUCAAGCGGUUUACAUGUUUAUCAUUAACCUCUUUGCAUAGAAUGAUGCCCGAAUCUUUCGUCUAUCAAACAGAACUGUGAAACCUAAGAAAUUUUUUUUAAUAACAUCACAAUAAUCGAAAGAGAGAGUGAACAAAGAGAAACUGUCACUUGCCCACACGGCCUUCUGAAAAAUCAACUGAGAAAUCUUCUCAUUAUAAAUCUCCUCAAACGACACCUCGAUCUCGUAGUCCUCCUUGUCGCGGGAUUCCCUCAGCAAAUCGAACAUCUGAUCCAGGGCACGCGUUAUCAUACCUCGGUUAAUGUCAUGUGGUCCACUCUAAACGUAGGCCAGCGCCGUACAAAAGAAAUCAUUGAUCAUUUUUACUACCAGCGGCCGAAUCGGGGCAUCGUACACCAGCGCCUGCGACGCGUCCGGUCGGAAUACGAAAUCGAACACAAACGGCCUUUCUUUUUUUCUCCAUAAAUACGUUUAUUUCAUAGGCAAUAUACAUAAGUUUUUCUUCGCUGUGGCAUCCACAAUACAUAGUACUUUAAACCUAAUACAUUUCGAAUAUCAUAUUAGUAUUUUUUUUUUUUUUUCAUAAAUACGUUUAUUUCAUAGGCAAUAUACAUAAGUUUUUCUUCGCCGUGGCAUCCACAAUACACAGUAGUUUAAACCUAAUACAUUUCGAAUAUCAUAUUAGUAUGUUGGUACUCAUUAGUUAAUCUAAACACUGUUUUUAUCAAGCGAGUUGCUAUUUUAAUUACAUUAAAUAAAAUACAUUUAUUUUGUACAUGAUCUUAUAACUAUUUCAGGAUUGUUUGUAUCAGUUCACCACUUAUAUUCAAUAUCCUAUAGUUGGCUAUUGGUUGAACUCAUGGAAGAGAAAACAGUUUAACAUAAAAUAAAAUUUAAAUUGGAACUCCAAUGGAUUUAAUGAAAUGAUAAAGAAGUUUCAUGUAUGGAAGGUCACGACAAGCAAGAAUGUCGCGAACUGGGACAUUGGAUAGUCUACCUUGGGUACGCAAGGAAUUUAUUAGUUGAGAU